CCCGCGGGGCUCCGGGCUGGGCGGGGCGGCUGCCGUCACCCUGACCUUCUGCGGUGGGAGGUCGGGAGCGCGGUGGGGUGUGCUGGCAGGGGCGGCCCUAGGAGCCGCCGCUCCGCCUCUAGGCACUGCUCCCUGGGCUGCGAAUUGAGCCCUGCUGCUCUCCGCAGGAGCAUACACUCUCCCCAACAAAAGCCCUCAUGCCAAGUGCCAGCCUUCCCUCAGGAAGACGAGCAGGCCACUCCGCCUGGACAGGGCCUUGCAUACGCAUCUCCAGGUCCAGUAACCAUGGCCCAUUACAAGGCUGAGCAGGAUGACUGGCUGAUGGUCUACCUGAAGUAUUUGCUGUUUAUGUUCAACUUCUUCUUCUGGGUGGGUGGUGCUGCCGUCCUGGCCGUGGGCGUCUGGACCCUGGUGGAGAAGAGCAGCUACCUCAGCGUCCUGGCCUCCAGCACCUUUGCUGCUUCUGCCUACAUCCUCAUCUUCGCAGGCGCCCUUGUCAUGGUGACUGGCUUCCUGGGCUUCUGCGCCAUCAUCAGGGAGGACAGGAGCUGCCUCUCCACAUACUUCUGCCUGUUGCUGGUGAUCUUCCUGGUUGAGCUGGUGGCAGGGGCCCUGGCCCACGUGUACUACCAGAGGCUGGGCGACGAGCUGAAGCACCACCUGACCCAGACCCUGUCUGAGCACUACGGGCAGCCUGGCGCCUCGGAGCUCACCGCCUCCAUAGACCGUCUGCAACAGGACUUCAAGUGCUGCGGGAGCAACAGCUCCACUGACUGGCAGCACAGCGCCUACAUCCUGUCUCAGGAAGGGGAGGGCCGCCAGGUGCCUGACAGCUGCUGCAAGACUGUGGUGGCGCGCUGUGGCCGGAGGGUCCACCCCUCCAACAUCUACAAGGUGGAGGGAGGCUGCAUCACCAGACUGGAACAGUUCCUGGCCAACCACCUCCUGCUCAUGGGGGCAGUGGGUAUCGGGGUGGCCUGCCUGCAGCAGCCAAGCCUCGGGUCGAAGCUCCCUCUGCUGGCCAGCACUGGGACUAAGCUGCCCAAGUCCAGAUCAGCUGCCGACCUUGGAGAGCUCACAGCCCUCAGUGCACCCCGGGUUUGGGGGAAGGAGAGGAACAGGAAGAGGAGGAAGGAGGCAAAUGAAGAGCAAAUGAAGACCUGCGGGAUGGUGCUCACCUGCUGCCUGCAUCGGAGGCUCCAGCUGCGUUUUCACUAAUGGCCAACUGUGCGUCCCUCCAACUGCCUCUCGCAAGAACAGGAGCCCAAGUCCCACCUGCCAAGCCUGUGGAGUCAACAUCAGCUCACCUAGAAACUCCCCCAGCGCCCACUGCCUUCAGACCCACUAAAUGCCCAAGACCAUGGCUCCUGCAGUUCCCACCCAACUAGGGACCCUUGGCCCCAACCUCUACUCCUGGGUGCUCAGCGCCAGAGCCCCCGGGGCAGGGGACUGUCUCUUCCAGGGACAACAGCCAAAGCCCCUCACCAGUCGUGAAGCUUCUGUGAACCACAGGCAGGUGAGGGAGAAUCGGGCUCUCUGUUCCCUCCCAGCUCCCGAACCUACAUCCAAAGGCUUUAACCUUGACCCCUCUGGACCUGGCAUUCAGCAUGACCCCCACAGGUGCUGCAGCCCUCCUCUCACCUCGGCCCAGGCUUUGGGUAUGUUGCUCUUGCCUCCCAGAAAUGCAUCGGGGUGGGGAAGUUAGGGUUAUAGCUGCUCCCAGAAGACCCAGGUCUUUGAUCUGCCCACCCCCGAGCCUUCUCGAGGCAAAGGAGUUUCCUGAUGCCCUGCUUGCUUUCUGCAGGGCCUGGGAGCAGAGAGAACGAGGUCCGAGGUACAGCAGCUGGGAGCUGGGUUUGGGCAGUGGUGGGCCUGAUGGAGCUGGGGGCAGGGAGCAAAGGGAGGGAGCCGGCUCCACCAGCACGUGCUGCACCAGGAGCCUGUGCCACCUGAGGCCUUCCCCAGAAGAGGGGUGUGCCCUGGGAGACAAGGCCCCAGACUCCAGCAACCAGUAAUCUACACCACUUCUGGAAUCUCCUGCCUGUGGUCUGGUUCUCAGGAAUGCCAGGACUUUAGACCUUCAGCACUUAAUGUGGGCAGGUGUGACACUCCCUCUUGAUUAGGCCAAAUCACAGACCCCACCAAGUUGGAGCCAUUGACAAGGUGAAGUUUCAUAUACAGGAGUGCUCUGCCCUGCACCUCACUUGUCCUAGGUCCAUGCUUCCUGACCAUGUGGCCACCAGCAUGCAGCCUCCAGGGACCUUGCUCUUCUCCCCAGAGUAAACACAGUCCCUCCCUUCAGUUCUCACAUCUCUGAACAAGGCAGCGGAUCUUCAGGAAGAACUUUCCCAGAUAUUAAGGGAGAACAGAAAACAAGUUCUAGAAAAUGCAGAGUGUAAGUGCUGGCAGUUUUACAAAGAAAGGUGUCAACUCCUAAGACAGCCAAAGGGACUAUCUCAGAUGGCUGUGACAAAUGGGCAACUCUGACAGAAAAAUUCUCCCUGGCUUCCACACCUCCCAGGUCCUGCACUUCCCUCCUGGAGACCCUCUUACUUCCCACUCAGGAGAGGUGGUCCCUUGUUAUGCUGAAACCAAGGCCAAGGAAGGUCACCCCUUGCCCCCACUCAUUCUCAGCCUCAGUCUGAUGACCUCAGCUCUGCUGGACUGGGUCCGUCCUGGGUGAAGGAUGUUCUGAUUCCUGUGCACAGGUCACUGCUGUCCCCAGUACAGCCCUCGAUUUUGCAGAAACUGCACAUCCUCUGACCAGGGAUGGCCCCAUGCACAGAGGAGGGCAACUUCCCAGGACAGAUUGCCUCCCUGCCUUGCGGACCCUCUAGGGGCCAUGGGGACCCUAGCCAGGUUAGAUCCUCUACCUGGAGGGCCUUGGCUAACACGAAUUCAUUAGAAGGCAGACCAGCGGUCCCAGCAAUCCCAGACUGCACACAGGAUGAAAGAAACAGAGGUGUGAUUGUCUUUGCUGCCUUCUAGCCUCCCAGGACUAAUGAGUCUCAGCGAACAUGGGCCGAGAAGGAGAGCCAUGCUCUUCCUGCUGAGGGGCCCAAGGGAGGCGGCAAUGGGAGGCAAUGACCCUGUCACAUGUCUGCCCCUGGUGGGGUCCCUUCCUUCUUUACUGAGGUCACCCAGGCCUGUGGAGAUGGGGAUGGCAGCAAUGGGUGGGUGUCAGUUGCACAGCUUUGUCACCAGGGAGACCAGGAGAACCUGGUUUUCUGCCCCAACCUUCCACACUGCAGGGCUGGCCUGUCAGGGGGCAGGCUGAGCUGUGGUUCCUGCUGUGGGAGGCGUCUUGUCCAGAGUGCUACUGCAGGAUAGCGGGCUGGCCCAGGCAGAGAGAGGGAGAGGACAGCCCAGAACUUUUCAGAAUGCUGUCCUCCUUGUUCAUGCCGACAGCCUAGGAAAUGAAGCAGGGUUAGAGGAGACAGAGGCUCGGGGUAGGGCCAGUUCCCCAGGGGUAUGCUGAAGGCUCACGUACAGAGCUAGGGUACUGUCACCUGCAGGGGAUCGCUAGCCCUGCCCGUGAGCACACAGAUCUGUGCCCAGGACAGCUCCUCCCAGGUCCCUCCUUGGAGGCUGUCACAGCCCUGAGCUCCUUGGAGAGAGAGAAGGGCAAGCCUGCUGAAAGCCAACACUCUCCCGUGUGGACCCAAGGCCCCAGCACAUCAGGGCCCAGAAAGGAAGCCAGCGUUCUGCAGAGGUCUGGCCACAGCAGGUGCUGGAAUAUGAACCAACCGAGGUCACCACACAUUCCCCUGAACUCACCAAGCUGCCCUUCCCUCCCUCCACCCACAGGGCAGCCACCCCAAGAGGGAGAAGGGGUGAUGCAUCCCCCGACUCCCUGGGUGACAUGUGUUUGGAGACAGAGGAGUGUGACUUGGCCUUUGGUGAGGGGACCAUCUUUCUCUUUCUCCCUUCCCCCUCCCCAGUUCCAGGAGCUCCUGAGGUAUAGCCAUAUGGGGGCGGUACCCAGGACCCUAUGUUUACUGAAGGCCUAUUGCAAGCUUAGAAUAUGUCCAUCACAGACAUAAAUCAUCCGCAGUGAUUGUGAUAAUGGAGUAUAUUCCCCAAUCUACCAAUAGGGAAAUUACAGCUCACAGAAGUUGAGAGACUUGCUUGCCAGUCAGUAGCAGUGGCUGUUGUCACAGCGCCCCCUCUCCCUAGCGCCACUCAGCUCUCCAUCUGUAAGAAACCACCAGGCUCACUGUAAAAGUCCUAGACAAGAACAUAGGCAGGAAAAGCUCAGAUAUUCCAAGCAGCAAUACCUUCACAGAUAUGUCCCCUAGAGCAAGGGACAUAAAGGAAAGAAUAAACAAAUGAGAUCUCAUCAAAAUAAAAAGUUUCUACACAGCUAAAGAAAACAUCAGACAAAUGAAAAGGGAACCAACCAUAAGAGAAAACAUAUUUGCCAAUGACACCUUGAACAAGGGUUUAAUCUCCAAAAUAUGUAAAGAACUCACACUACUCCACUCCAGGAAAACAAACAACCCAAAUAAUAAAUGGGCAAAGAACCUGAACAGACACUUCUCCAAGGAGGACAUACAGACGAUCUAGAGACAAAUGGAAAGAUGCUCAGCAUCACUAGCCAUCAGAGAGAUGCAAAUUAAAACCACAAUGAGAUACCACUUCACAACGGUCAGAAUGGCCAUCAUAAACAAAGCAACAAAAAACAAGUGCUAGUGAGGUUGUGGAGAAAAGGGAACCCUAGUGCACUGUGGGUGGGAAUGCAGACCAGUGCAGCAACUAUGGAAAGCAGUACAGAACUCCCUCAGUAAACUAAAAAUGAAACUGCCUUUUGACCUGGCAAUUCCACUGCUGGGAUUAUACCCUAAGAAUCUUGAAACACCAAUCCAAAAGAACCUAUGCACCCCAGUGUUUAUCACAGCACAAUUUAUAAUAGCCAAGUGCUGUAAGCACCUUAAGUGCCCACCAGUAAAUGAGUGGAUCAAAAAACUCUGGUGCAUUUACACAAUGGAAUUCUAUGCAGCAGAAAGAAAGAAGGAGCUCCUACCCUUUGCGACAACAUGAGUGGAUCUGGAGAACAUUAUGCUAAGCAAAAUAAGCCAGUUGGUGAAAGACCAAUACCAUAUGAUCUCACUUAUAAGUGGAACCUAAUCACCCAAACAAGCAAGCAAAAUAUAACCAGAGAUGUUGAAAUAAAGAACAAAGUGACAGUGACCAGAGGGGAGGGAAUAAUGGGAGGAAAAGGGAGAAGGAUCAUCAAGAAACAUGUAUAAAGGACACAUGGACAAAGCCAAAGGGGUGAGAAGUGGGGGUGGCUGGGGUUGGAGGGAGUAGUGGGGGGAAAAUGGAGACAACUGUACUUGAACAACAAAAGAAAAGAUGGAAACAAAAAGAGACAGGCUGACAUUCAGGGGCCACGUGUCCCUCAGGGGGCGCUGUGGAGGAGCAGCAGCUUCUUAACCCCUGAUGGGACAGAACUGCCAUUUGCCCCCACCUCCCCGAGCUGGACCCCUGCACCUUUGCAGUUGGAAGGGAAGUCUGGCUCCUUCAGGCUGGCAGCGGGACGUUCCUGGUGAAGUGACUCAGACAAGCAGGCACCCGGGGCCAUUGCUCAGGUGAGCAGCUGGCCUGCCCGUGCUGACACCCCAGUGAGGGCAGACCUCCCUCAGCAACCGGAAUCCUCAACAGGAUGUGAAAUCUCCUGUCCGUGUGGGGACCAUGGUCCAGGGGCAAGCGAGCAGCACAUGCCUCUCCCAGCCCCAUGCGAUCUCCUGCCUCACAGAGCCACCCUGGGCCGCCAAGGGCACCUGCCUCCUCCCCCCUUUGUUGCCAAUGCUGGGCCACUGGGUGGGCUCAGGGUGAGCGGUCUCCAGCUGAGGCUCUCAUCAGGCCACCCACCCUGUGCAUGGCCAUGGGCCUGGCCCUGAGGAGGGGUGGGGGUGAUAUGACAGGGUGAUGUGUCCCCAGAGCCCUCGUGCCCCACAGACAGUUUUAGUCUUGGAACCUGCUGCUCCAGGUCCUUCUUCAGGGUCUAGAGGUAAAGAAUGUGACUUAAAACAGUUACUUUCACCACUACUCUCACCCCACUCUCAGCCUUGAAAACAUUCUCCACUUACUGGCCACCUGGGGCCUGAGGACAGAAGUGGAGAAGGGGAGAUGGCUUGACUGGCUAAGGAGAAACCCCAUAUUUUGUGUCACAGCUGGGUGGCGCUCACACCCACCGAGGAUGUGUCUACACAUCCUUGAAGUGUCUGCACCUGUGAGUUCUCAAACUUGAGCCUGCAUGAGGACCACCUUAAGGGCUUUUUAGCACAAAUUACUGUCCCUCUCCUUCCCUGCCAGAGGGGUAGGGCCACAGAUUCGUGUUUCUAGCUAGUUCCCAGGCGAUGUGGAUGCUGCUGGCCCUGUGAGCACACUUGGAGGACUACCGCUUUAGACCACAGCACUAAUGAGGACACCCGGCCAUCUCUGUACGUCAAGGCCCCCUGGGUUCAAAAAUGGCUAAGGCUGUCCAGCCUGGGUCCCACUCUGAGAGGGCGGGUGAAACAGUGCCCCAGUGGGCAGCUCACUGCCAGCCAGAACAGUGCCUCUCUGUGUGACCCUCAGCACCUUCCCUGCCCUCUGUCUGGGAUUCAAGUGGGACUCAGAGCGGGUCUGUGGCCCUGGGAGAGAGGGCCAGCGUCCUCUGCCCAGAGGGAACAGGUUUACAGUCCAGCCUCAUUUUCCUACCACCUGCUGCCCCACUCCAUUCUCACCACAGCCGUCUUCUGCAGCGCGACACCCAGCCCCAGGCUCCAUCUCUCAGCCUCCCGUGUGCCCUCUUCCCUACUGCUGAGGCACCGCAGACACCCAGUGCUGGCGCCACACCUGUUUCCAGGUGGCCCAGUAUUGCUGCAGCCAGACAGGCUCCUGGAACCAGCUGCCCUGGACAUGACUGUCACAAUAUUCUGCAAACAGUGAAGUUGCCUUAACCUAUCGCAUAGAGAGAAAUUGCUCUAGUUGUGAACAUGCAUCCUCCACAGCUGGCCUCCAUGUAAGCCCAGCCUCAUAUGCCAGGGGGCAUGACAAUAAAGGACCUGUACCUAGGACAA